GAAGAAAGAGUGAGAAACAGGCAGAGAAAGAAGAAUAACUUUAUUUUAAAUCCUCUCUCGACACAGCGUCGUUGUUUUUAAGUGUCGGCGAGGAUGAAGACGGUGAUGUGGAGGAGGAAAAGAGCAGGCGGUGUCUUCACAACAGACGGGAUGAAAAUUUAGACUCGUCGCAUUCCGUUGCUCCAGCAGCACCGACCGACGGCAGCAGCAGCAAACUCCGACCUGCGCCAUUCACACCCGGGCGACUGGAGCGCCCCCUUCCUCCUUCUUCUCCUCCUCCAGAGAUUUGGGGCAACAUUUUCUCAUCCGAACACACGAACACUCUGGCACAAAAGUUUUUGAGAAAAAAAUAGAAGCUUGUGCGAAGUAAACGGAGUUUUAUUUGUUUGUAUUUUUAACUUUUGACUGGACGCCGGAGCAGGUUCUUCUCUCGCAAGCCUCUUCUUGUGAGAACAACACCGGAGGAGGGAGCGGGGGUGUCGCUGCUAACGGCUAAGCUAACUCCCCGUCUAAAGUUACCAGUCGACGGGCGAAAGUGAGCGAAGCGGCGAGGAUGAAAACCACGACAGACGGGGGGUUUGUCUUCCCAGACUGGGCCUACAAGCCCGAGUCGAGCCCGGGCUCCAGGCAGAUCCAGCUGUGGCAUUUCAUCUUGGAGCUGCUGAGGAAAGAGGAGUACCACGAUGUCAUCGCCUGGCAGGGAGACUACGGCGAGUUCGUCAUCAAGGACCCGGAUGAGGUGGCGCGCUUGUGGGGAGCCAGGAAGUGUAAACCACAGAUGAACUACGACAAGCUCAGCCGAGCACUAAGAUACUACUACAACAAGAGGAUCCUCCAUAAGACCAAAGGGAAGAGAUUCACCUACAAAUUCAACUUCAACAAAUUAGUGCUGGUCAACUACCCUUUCAUCGACAUGGGCUCUGGUCGAGGCAUCCCUCAGAGCGCUCCUCCUGUGCCAUCUGGAGGCUCCCACUUCCGUUUCCCCCCUUCCACGCCAUCAGACAUCCUCUCGUCCAGCGAGGAGCUCCGCAGCCCGGGCAUGUUUAGCAGCGUGGCCCGUCGUAUGGCUCGAGGCUCUGUCAGCGACUGCAGUGAUGGCACCUCUACCAACUCAGAGCUGGAGGAAGCUGUGGGUGCAGAUGAGCGAGGUGUGGGACCGGAGCGGGCUUUCAGAGGUCUGCUUCCUCCCCGCCUGCCUCACGAUUCUCUCUUCAGGGUCUACGGUGGAGGUCCGAACCCCGCUGGACUCCCCAGACCUGCACCCAGAGUCCACCCAGAUUCUCUGUCUCCGUUCCCUGUUUCCCCCCUGCCCGGCCCUGGCAGUCUCCUGGCUCCAACUCUGUCCCCCGCCCUCUCCAUGACCCCCACCCCCCACCUCUCUUACCCCCCCUCCCCCUCUCUGUCCUCACCAAUGAUGGGCUCCCACUUCUCCUUCAACGCGGAGGAUAUGAAGCACUACCUGCAGGCCCACACCCAGUCUGUCUACAACUACCACCUCAGCCCCCGAGCUUUCCUCCACUACCCCAACAUCAUCAUCCCUCAGCCCCACCGCCCCACCCUGGAGAAACCGCCUACUCACCACCUCCACGGCCCACCCCUGCCGCCGCUCUCUCACUCGCUCGGCCAGCACCCAGGAGGUGGAGAGGAGGCACAGCAGCACCCGUCUCCAUUCAAGUUCAAGCUGCAGCCUCCUCCGCUGGGGCGUAAGCAGAGGGAUUCAGGAAGCUCAUUGGCUGCUUGUACUUCCUCAUCCUCCUCCAGCCAGUCCUCAUCAUUCACCGCGUCUGGACAGAUGACCAGUUCAGUCCUGGCUGCAGGGCCUCCCAAGAUCAAGGUGGAGCCCAUAUCUGACAUUGAGUCAGAGGAGGAGGUGGAGGUGACUGACAUCAGUGAAGAAGAUGAGAUGAAUCAUGACGACCAUGACGAAGGUGACAUCUUCACCCCGACAGCUCAUCAUCAGCUCAACAGCCAUCCUCAGGCCAAUGGGAGUGGCAGCAGCCCCUCUGCUCCUCUUCCUCCACACAGUUUCCACGACGAUGAUCCUGACGACGAUGAGGAGGUCUUCAAGACCCCGGCCACGCCUCCGAUUGGCAGCGCUGCCCUGCCCUUCCCUCUGAUCAGCCUGAAGAGUGAGCCGGGUCAGGCGGCGCCCAUCAGCCCCGGCGGCACGCGUUGUAUCCCCAUCAAGCUGCGCUUCAAACGCCGCUGGAGCGAGGACCAGAAGAUGGAGGCAGACGGAGAGAGGGAUGAGGCGGAGGACAAGAAAGUGAGGGCCGAUAGAGAAGAGGAGAUGGAGGAGGCAGGGAGGAGAGGAAGGGAGGUGGAAAACGGAGGAGGAAAAGGUGUUAUUUUGGGCUUGAUGCUGCCACCGCCUCCCACCCAACGCCGAGCGAGCUCCGAGCUGCAGAGGGCCACAGCACAGCUGUCGUUGGAGAACACUGGCUGCUGAGCUUCACGUGUGCGCUUAAACACACACAUACACACACAGGGGAUCUGAUUAGACACAAAACACACACCUCUGCGAGUCUUGGUAACAAGUUGAAUAGUUGUUCAUAGAUCAUAAUGGCCUGCGACGACUCAUCUGUAAAGAAAGAACUGAAAGGUUUUUCAGCAUUGCCACAGUCAGGCACUUUUCACUGACCUCACAGCUUCACAUGAGCUCCUUAAAUUACUUAACAAAGACGGAAUAUUCUCCUACAUAGUUUACAUCUACACGUUCACAAUCAAGGUGAACUUACUUUUUAAAAAGACCAUUUAGGUUUUGUUGAAGUGUGGCAUCAAGCACGGAAAACUGAAUGUUUUCUUGCGCUCCCACACCAAAGUCCAUAGAGGAAAAUCAGUGAUUUUACAUCAGGACACACAUGAGUUUGUUUAUCCUGCUGCUGCCCUUCGUUAAGUUCAAAUGUGUUAUUUUGUGACUUUGGUGUUUAAAAUCCUUUACGUGGAUUUUAGUAAGUGAUACUCACUCACCACAUGAGGCAGCAGUAGACCAGAACCUCCUGUGUCUCCAUGAGCUAAGAAAUGUUGAUUUCCUCAAUCAGACUUUGGUGUGGGAGAGUAAGUGCAGUUUUCAAACUUCAGUUUUUAGUUGGAAACAGCUGUAAUGCGGCGGCAUAAACAAGCAAACACGUUAUCACAGACCUACGCAGGCGUCGAUUUUAUUCAGUACCUCAUACAGCCACACGUCACAAAACCUGACCUGCCUUUUUAACCUUUCAGCUUUUACGCUGUUAAUAACUUAAUGGUCAGUACUGUUAAGUGUUAUGAUCUAUGUAACACGGUUUAAAACUCACAUGUCCCGGUGCAGCGUCUAAUGUAAAACAAGACACUUUUUAAGAAGUGUUCCUCUGUGUCUUGCAACACUAAGAGAUGAACUCGAUUUUGUAUAUUGACUUCUGUUUUAACAUAACGCCCCACAGAGAGGGGAAAAAAACUGGGUCUGCUCUUUAAAUCUCUUAGGAACUGCACACUGCCUUCUCAGAGCCUCAUCGUUGGCCCUCAUAGUGCCAGUACGUCUGCCAACGAUGAGCUCACAUCAUCACACCUGUGCCCAGAUCACGCCUGUGCUGGGAUAUAAUGGUGCAGCAGCAGAUAGAAGGAAUUUCUCACUUGGGUCCUGCUCAUUUGAAGAAGCUUCUCCAGCUUUGAAGAAGUAGUGGUUUGUGAAAACCCAGAAGACGGCAGUGACCAAUGCCAACUGCAGUCUAACACCACCACCGACCAUCUCCCAGUUAUUCUCCUCAUAUUCUGUUGUUGCUAAAAUCAGAUAGAGGUUACAGAAGUGCCUCUGUGUCUGCAGUCGUUUACAAGAUGGAGGGCAACGAACAAAAAUGAAAGAACUGAACCAUCAGUCUCUUCUGCAGCUGGGACACUGACGGACGGAAUCACGGGUGGCCUCUUCAUCCUCACUCUUCACUACAAUGUAUAAAGACCAGGAUGGAUUUGUCAACACUGAGGGCACAGACUGAACCUGAGGUCUUUUUUUUUAUUCACUUUCUCUGAGACGUUUGUCGCCAGGCGAUGUCGGACCCGGCCGUUUGUACAGAAAAGCCGCGGCGGAGGCGUCUCAUCUUUGUCUCCUCUCCUCCACACUUGCAGGAGGGAAAAAAAACGAGGAAGCAGCUCCGCACAGAACUGUAAUUACAGCCAGGCUCGUUCCUGAAUGUGUGCGUGGUGUGAAAACGUCAGGGAGACAGGUGGGCGUCUACGCUUUCCCCCCUCUGUGUCCCCGCGUGACUCCACACCAUCUUUUUUGUCUUUUUGGAGCAUUUUCACAGAUCCUCAGUGCUCUUGUGCAUUCCCUUCCCCUCCUCCUUCGUCAAUGUUUUUAAAGACUUUCUCUGUCAGAGGAACGCAUGUGCCUCCCGAGGACAUGGACAGUAUUUUUGGGCAUUUUGCAGUCAUCUGCGGGCUUUUUGUGUG